AUGUGGUUGUCAAAAGAUAAGGCAAUAGAAAGUAAUAUUAAUGGUGAAUUAUUAACAGAACACGGUGAUUUAAUAGAUUACGUUGAUAAAUGUAAUCCUAAACAUCAUAAUUCAUGUGGUGGUGACAAAUGCUGUUUAAAAGAGUCAUUAACCUACACUCCAGAAACAGCUGUAGGACCUAUGCCUAGAUAUAGAAUCAGUUGUCAACCUCGUGGCGUAAAAGGAAAACCAUGCUUUGUUCAUAAAGAUAGUGUAGAAGUCUGUCCAUGUGCUAAGAAUAUGUUUUGUGUUCCUGGUGUAUUACAUUAUCUUGGUACUUGUUAUCCAAAAUAA